AGACAACGGGUGCCUUAUCUCGCAGGUCAACCCAAUGUUUGCACCCAUAGUAUCGAUUUACAAGACUCAUAUUCGCAUAAAAUGUCGAUUGCUUCCAUGUCUGUGGACGAGAGUCCUGCGUGAAGAAAGUAUCCAAAUUUUUGUUGUUCCACUCGGAGUUGGUGUAUGUGAACGUUUUGGCACCGAUUUUACGCACUGCUCUGUUCAACUCAGGGGGAAAAGCUGCAGAAUAUCAUGGAAACUGGGCGCUGUCAUUCCGAGCAAACACUGGAGCCAAUGAAUUGGGCGCCUUGGGGUCACAUGAUGUCAGAGUGACACACCUGUGUGGAGCAGGGGCCUUGCAGUUGCGCCACAGGUGGAGCCGAAGGUCCACACCGAGGAAGGGCGGCAGGAACAGGGUGCAUGUCCGCGUCUAACGCCCCCCUGUAACCUCCGCUCCUCUCCAGCCAUGAAUCGAGAAGAUCAAUUCUACCCCUCUCAGGUGUUUAAAGACUCCUGUGUCUACCAGAGACCACAGGGGGAGGACUACAGCCCUCCACCCUGCCUCUACAUGAGCAGACCCGUGCACUCCGUCUACACACCGCCGGCCUUGGGAGCCCUGGAGCAGGCCAGCCUGGACAUCGCCCCCACUUACAGUGUGCCCAUGCGGGAGGAUCCAGGUGUGCCACAGCUGCACCACCCGCAGGGGCUCCAGCUGUCCCCGCUCCAGAAUCUGGGUUAUGGAGACACGGGAGAUCAGAACAGAUACCAGCUUCCUUUUCCCUGGAUGAAGACCACUAAAUCCCAUUCACACACCUGGAAGGGACAGUGGACAGGGUCCUACGUGGUGGCUGAGGCUGAGGAAAACAAGCGCACGCGGACGGCCUACACGCGCGCGCAGCUGCUGGAGCUGGAGAAGGAGUUCCUGUUUAACCGCUACAUCUCGAGGCCCCGGCGCGUGGAGCUCGCGCUCACCCUCAGCCUCACCGAGCGCCACAUUAAGAUCUGGUUCCAGAACCGGCGCAUGAAGUGGAAGAAGGAGGAGGACCGGAGGAGGGCGAGGAUCUCCGACCCAGACCAGGACUCCUCCAUCACCUCCGGGGACCAAGGAGAGUCCGCAGGGGGGGUGUCCUCCACUAACGGACCUCACACCACCACACCCCCCUUGUCCCCGCUGCACGGCUCGGCUUUGUCCGCAGUAUCCAGGGAAUAAACUCAAGACUGCAGCCUAGGAAUGCUUUUAUUUUUCAUCUUCUAAAGGAGGAGGGCCUGUCAAUCCUCUCAACCAUCUGGGAACUGUGACGUCGUAAUCGCGCCACCAUGAAAGGAGAGACUCAGGAGGAACUGUCCAAAUGUCAAAAGGACCAAAUAAGUCAGCCCUUUAGUCUCAAUUAAUCAAUUUCACUAUUAUAUGUUAUUUUUAUGAGUAUCCAAUGUGUUUGCUGAUUAAACUAAAAAAUAGGAGGCAUUUGUUGACCACGUGCAGUCUUUUGGCUACUUCCUUUGAUCCUUCACAAUAAGAGUCUGAAACAGGAACUUGUACCUCAAAACAGCUGACGUUUCUAAAAAGUUUAUAAUUACUGUUUUGCUGGAAAACGAAAUAUUUUAUAACCUUCAAAUGUUUUGAGACACAUAGAGACUCUUAUUGUGAAGGGUUACUUGAGUUUUUCUGUGGAUGCAGCAGAACCAUGCACUCAAAAGCACACCCUUGGUUAUAAUAAUAAUAAUAAUAAUAAUA